AUGCUGCAGUGCAGGCCGGCCCAGGAGUUCAGCUUCGGCCCGCGGGCCCUGAAGGAGGCGCUGGUGUCCAGCGACCCCACCCUGCGGCGUCUCUACGCGUCUGCCUUCACCCCUGCGGAGAGGCUGUUCCUGGCCGAGGCCUACAACCCCCAGAGGACCCUCUUCUGCACGCUGCUCAUCCACACGGCCUUCGACUGGCUCCUCAGCCGUCCCGAGGCCCCCGAGGACUUCCAGACCUUCCACGCCUCCCUGCCGCCCCGGAGGCAGAGCCCUGCCCGGAAGCACAUCUACCUGCAGCCCAUCGAUCUGAGCGAGGGCCCGGCGGGUGGCGCUCUGCUGGAGUACCUGCGCGACUGCACGGAGGCCUUCUUCCUGGGCUUGCAGGUCCGGUGCCUGCCCUCGGUGGCGGCCGCGUCCAUACACUGCUCCUCGCGUCCCAGCCAGGACUCCGACAGGCUCCAGCUCCACACGGACGGGAUCCUGUCUUUCCUGAAGAGCAGCAAGCCGGGCGACGCGCUGUGCGUGCUGGGCCUCACGCUGUCUGACCUGUACCCCUGCGAGGCCUGGAGCUUCACGUUCGGCAAGUUCCUGCCAGGGCACGAAGUGGGCGUUUGCAGCUUUGCCCGUUUCUCGGGGGAGCUCCUGCAGCCGGGGCCUGGCGCCUCGGAGGCAGCCCCGGUCCAGGCGGCAGCCGACGGCCCUGAGACACCAGUGCAGGACCCAGGCCAGACACUGUGCUUCAGCGCCCUGGGGCUGGCCCAGUGCUGCAAGGUCACCUGCCACGAGCUCUGUCACCUGCUGGGUCUGGGGAGCUGCCGCUGGCUGGGCUGCAUCAUGCAGGGGGCGCUCAGCCUGGAGGAGGCCCUGCGGCGGCCCCUGGACCUCUGUCCCAUAUGUCUGCGGAAGCUGCAGCACAUCCUGGGCUUCAAGCUCAUCGACAGGUACAAGCGUGUGGCGCCCGAGCCUGGCCCGCGGCGCGCACCCAGCAACGGUGGCCGUGGCCGUCGGGGCGCAGGGGGGACAAAGGGUGGACGGCUCUUCUCAGGCAAAGAUGGCAAAUACCCGCUCUGA